GGCUCCCUGCACCUGCUUCCCCGUCCGUCCACAGACACACUCCUCCCACACUGCCGCCUGCUCGGCCCCAUCCCCACUCCACCGUCCUCACCAUUUGGUCAUAUCUAUGAUUCGCGGAAUUGUUAUGCAUAAUAAUUAGGCUUUAUUAUAAACCGGAGCGGAUCGAGCGGCUGCGCUCAGACAGUGUGUGUAGUGGAGUCUCGGUCUGUGAGCUCGGAGCCCAGACCCAUUGCGUGCGUGUGUGUGUGGGUGGGGGGGAACCUGUUGACCGUAGAGACUCUACAGAUCACUGCCAGCCCACCACCAUGAGGGGGUUGGUCGCAGCUACUCUCCUCCUGCUGCUCGUCGUUAUAUGCUGCGUUGAUGUCGAAGCUUACAAAUGUAAGUGCAGCCGGAAAAGUCCGAAGAUCAGCUAUAAGGACGUGAGGAAAGUGGAAUCUAAACCACGUUACCCCUACUGCAAAGAAAAAAUGAUCUUUGUCACCAUGGCAAAAGGAGCUCGAUUCAAGGGUCGCCAGUACUGUUUACACCCCAAACUUCCGACCACCAGGCAUCUGCUCAAACGGUACAAAACCUGGAGGGAAGAUCUUCGGGUUUAUGUGGAGUAAAUUUCUCUCCUUUUCCUAAGUAAACUACGAAAGUCUGAUUAAAGGAUCUCCGUCUCCAGCACAAUGAGCCCUUCUCUCUGUUUCUCUCACACACACAUACACAAUGGUCAGUCACAGCAGCAGGCUCACAUUGACAGAAUGGUUUGCGAACUCUUGUCACACAGCUUCGUGCUCCAAUCUGCAGACUCUUCUCGUCUCUGAAUGUGUGGGUACAAAUACAUGAUUAAAAACAAACGACUUUCUUUAUUGAAUAUUGACGUAAUUUGAUAUUUUUUGGAUUUCAUUGCCCGGUUUAUUGUAAUAUUUAAAGGACCUCUUGCGACUUCAAACCACUUGUGCUGGAACAAUUCCCUUUCAUUUGAACACCGAGAGCGCGUCUUAAGGGGACUGUCGUGAAUUAAACGAAGAAAAUGAUUUAAGAAAACACUAUAUUCUGCUUUUGUCUCUUGGGGGAAGUUGUUGGGGGUGGGUGAAAUCAGUACUCUGUUAGAAGCAAUACUAAACAAUGGGUUGGCUCAUAGAAAGCGGUGAAGUUAUAGUCGUGGUUCCAGCUGCGCUUUGCUUAUUAUCUGUAUUACUGCCAAAUUGUAUUCAUAAUCGCAAUCUACAGUGUACUUACUGUCUGUAAAUAUAGCAGCGUUGACACUUUGUAAUCAUGGUUCGAAUAAAAUUUGGAGUAUUUUCAAAUAAAAUUUAAGAAACUGCA